AUGCCAGCUGAACAGCUACAGACUAGUGGACAGGGAAGCAAAAGUCUCAUAUGCAUCUUGUUGACAAAACUGAAUAUCCAUCUACUCCUUGAACGCGUCUUCCUAAACUUUCCCGGAUAUUCAUUGACUAUAAAUGAUACAGAGCGACUCCACAAAUUCCGUAAGAGAUCUCACUUUUCAAUAGACGAGAAGCGGGUUUGCGAGAAAAAAUACUACUCGCAUACCUCCCCAUUACGUGAAGACCAUUACGAACAAGAGAUUCCGGUGGGUUCCAGAUUGGCUUCACUUGGUGGAAGAAAGAAGGCCUUUGCUGCGGAGUUAUUUAUUAGGAAAUGCCAAGUGAACAGUUACGGGCUAUUGAACAGGGAAGCGAAACUCUCAUAUGCAUCUUGCUUGCAAAAACUGAAUAUCCGUCUUCUUUUUGAACGCGUCUUCCUGGACUUUCCUGGAAAUUCAUUCACUCAAAUGCAAAUCUCACUUUACAAGAGACGCGAAGCGGAUUUACGAGAGAACGCACUACUCGCAUGCCCCAUCAGUAGCAUCCACCGAUACACUGGUAGUUCCGGUGACGCAUCUCAUAAGAUCAAAGCAAGUUCAAAAUUCGUGCAAGUCGUCUUUGACGGCAUGUGUCCGGUCACGACAAAAAGUCAACAGAGCUCCGCAAGUCUCCACGGACAACUACGGAACACGUGUAGCAGCUAUACUGCAGAGAAGAUACGUCCCGCGUCCGGAACUUCACUCAGGAACCCUCAAACGAUAAGUCACUUUUUGGAUUAUUCCAUUUAA